CUUCGAAAAUGUUUUCAACUUUUGGUUUGAUGGUUUUCUCAGUUUUUUUAAUGUUGAUACUUACUGAACAUUUAGUUCAAUCCAUGGAUGUUUACAGAGUUGAUUGUUCUACUUUGCGAAUGGGUCAGUAUCUUUGCCCUGAUCCUGAUAAUUUGGAUUUCAUUGAUCCUGCCACUCAGCAGCCGAAAGGUUGUACCAAAGAAAAUAAAGCUAAAGUUCUUUGCAAGGCAGCUGAUGGGAUUAUUUGCCUCGAAUCUAACACAACAGCUUUCAAGAAAGAAAUACCCUGCAAAUGGACGAAUGGGUACUCCUUUGAAACAGCAUUGCUUCUCUCUGUCUUCCUGGGAAUGUUUGGAGCAGACAGGUUCUAUUUAGGUUACCCAGCCAUAGGUUUACUGAAAUUCUGUACCCUUGGAUUCAUGUUCUUGGGUCAACUAAUUGAUGUUAUAUUAAUUGCUACUCAAGUUGUUGGGCCAGCUGAUGGCUCUUCCUAUGUCAUACCAUAUUAUGGUGUUGGCAUAAGUAUUGUUAAAAGUGAUAACUUCACCUAUCGGUUGCCACAAAGUGACUGGUGAAAAAAUAAACAUAAAUCUAAUUGAGAAGUUCUUAAUUUAUUUAUUUUUAUUCUGGCAUUUUAAAUAUGGUAUAGGUGCCGUCACUCGUGUAAUAGAAUCUUUUCAAAUCGUUCCUGAAUAGCAGAGUUAACAAUUAUUAAAUGUUAAGUUACUUAGAAUUAAAUGGAUAAAAUUAUCUCUUGAACUACUUGAUAUAACAUACUGGCAAAGGCUACUAUAGUUGGCAGUUUUCAAAUACUAUUGGUGAGCUACAGUAGAUUGAAAAAGUGAUCACAGUUAUCAAGUUAAUAUUAAUCUACCAUCUUGUUAUUGUAGUUACAUGACUACAACUAUUAUUAUCAUCACUGGUCAAUGAUUCAUAUUUCAGUGAAAAUUGCUCCAUAUUCAUUGGAAUUCAUGUACACAUGAACAAAUAAGUUUGUAUUUUGACAACUAUCCUAUAAUUUAAUAUUUGACAAUUUAACAAAAAAAAUCAAUUAAACAUUCUUUGACUGGCUUAGCUUCAUGAAAAUAUCCUCUUAGCAUUUUUUCUAUUUUAGUUUUUCCUGUUUUCUACAUGAUUAUUAUUAAUAAUUUUUUUAAUUUUAAAUUCAUGUAAAUCCAAGAUUAAAUAGUUUUUUAAUGUCAUGUUAUAUUCAUUAUUGUCAAAUUAAAAUUAUCAUUGAAGCAUUAUUUUUUAUGCUUAUUAAACUUCCUUAGUCAUUGAACUACAACUACUAGUUGGUAGUUGCGGUAGCUACUACUUUUACUUUUUUCGCAUUACUGCUGAAAAAAAAAGUAAUUAGUGUAAAAAAAAUAAUCAAAAUACCCCCAAGAGUGUGUUCACUUAUAACAUAUGUUAUAUCAUAUAUUUACCAUAUGAAUACUUAUUAUUACGAAGGCUUGAAAUGCUAAAUUUUUUACUAUGGCUGUUUUAAUUACUGGUUUUACAGUAUUAAUGUAAUAUGUUAUUGUAAGGGCUGUGAAAAGAUUUUUUAGAACUAUUUUAUGCAGUAUAUUAUUAAUGUAAAAGUUUAAAAGUUAUUUAGUAACAAAAAUUCCUAUGCUAGAAUGUUAGCUUAAAUUAAAAUUGUCUAUAACAAUUUGUGCCUAGUAAUAUGAUACAUGGUUUUCGUUCUAAGAAAAUAAUAAACCUGUUGUAAUUAGAACAAAUAUUUUUAAAUUGUAUGUACAGUAUAAUCUCAGUUAUCCAAACUUCAUUGUUUGAAAAACUUUAAUAAUACAAACUAAAAAAAAAAUCUGAGGGAAGAAACGAUAGUAAGAAGUUUUAUUCAGAAAAAUAAAAAAAGGAUGCAGCGAACUAAAGACGAAUUUAUAACAUAGGGCGCUCACUUAUUCAGUUGAAUUUUUUUAUCUCAAACCAUAUUUUAUAAAAUAGAAUGAAAAUUUGCAUUUAUAUAUUGAUUUUUAAUUUUUUAUUAUAUAUAGUUUUCUCAAACACUUUUUGUAAAUUGAUUGCAUAGGUAAUCUGGGCAACUCUUUGCUCCAAUUAGUUUGGAUAUCUAAGAUCGCACUGUACCUUGAUUGAUCAUCUCAUUAGAAUUAAGGUUUUUCCAUUCAAAAAGUUUGAUUGACUAGAUAAAAGUUAUUAGUCUGUCAGUAGAAAGUUUAGAAUAAGGAAUAAUGUGGAUGUGGUAACACCAAACAUUCAAACUGUCAUAAAUAAGAAUGACAUUUUUGUGAUUGAUUAAUGCUAGGAGUUUCUUUUUCUCUCUUUAAAGCUGCUGAAUGUAUUUAUAAACAUUAACCAUCAAAUUUUACUUUAACAACUUCUGAUGAAUUUUACCACAACCAUCCAACUUUUAUUCAAUAAUAUUCUUUUUCAUGAAUGUUCAUUUUUCUUUUAGAUGUGAUUGAUUCUUAAGGAUCAACUGUCUUUAGUGGAUAAUAUUGCAGUAUGUUAAUAAUUUUCCUUUAUUUUUCUAUCUUGUCCAAAAAAGACUAAAUUACCCAUUUCAUCACAUUACCCAUGUGAGCAAACUUGUGAUGAUUAAUUUGUAAUCUUAAAUAUUCCCUUCACUAAUAUUGCCCCAUACUCACCUAACUUGCUGUUUUUCCUCAAUUAUUGCAGGCAGUGGCAAAUAGUUUAUAGUGAUGUGUUCUUCCUUUCUGCUAUAUCUUCUUGUUGAUUGACUAGAGUUUUACUCUAAACCACGUUUAAAAGUUUUUUAUCAAGAUUAGAAAAACUUCCUGACCUCUGUUGAUUAAAUGAGAAAAUCCAUUUGUAUCGGUGACUGAUAGUAAAUAGAUAUUAACUACAGAAGCUUGGGUAGAUGGUAAAGAAGUAUGUAUUUAUGUGAGUCCACCUAAUACUUUUGUUAAGAAAUGACAUUAAACAUGGUUUCUGGUUUAUCUUGGCAGUUCCAGUAAUGGAAAGAGUACAAUACCUAGUACUAACCUUUGAUAGAAGAAUAAUAAGAUCAACAUAACAAGAAAAACAAAUCUCAUAACUGCUUACUUAUGCUUCUAAACACUGUACAAAUGGCAUAUUUGUAUCUGUUUUGCUCUUAGGAAUGAUUUUCCAACUGCACAGAUCCUCUUGUUGGGAUCAAUCUUUUGGCUUAUCAUUACAUUAUUUGUUUAAGCUUCAUUUACUAAUAAGCAAAUUUGCUAUGCUUCUCUUAUCAGAAUCUUAGUUUUUCUCUCAGUGCCUUCUUCAUUAUUUCCAAGGACUGCUAUUUGAUCUGCAUAUGCUAGAAUAUUAUGAUUCUGACAUUUACUCCUCCAUUUUCACAUAAUGAUCUUAUCACUUUCUCCAGGGCCAAGUGGAACAGUACCAGUGAGAGUCCAUUUCCCUGACUCAAACCAGUUCUUACUUCCAAGGUUUCGGAUAUUUAUCUGAUCAAGACACCGCAUGUCAGAUCAUUGGUACAUGUUUAUAUCGAUCCCACCAAUAUCUUGGGAACUCUCAGUUAAGUCAUGAUCGUCUAAAGACAGUUUUUGGGCAUGGGAAUGUAGUGUGCUUGGAAAUGAAAGAAGAAGAAAAGUAAAUUUUAUCCUGGGACAUUUAGUCUCUUAAAAAUAAUAAUAAUGAACAAAAGCUAUUUGUCUCGUGUAAAAUGACAGAAAAUAAUUCAUUUAUGGAGUGAUGUAACUUUAUAAUGAAAAUAAAGGAUAAGCAUAAGUAAACAAAUAAAAUUAUAGAUAAAUAAAUAUCAGUAUGUUUACAUAUUUGCACUGAUAAGCAACAUAAAUAACUGUGGAAUAAUAGUAAAAUGAGGCUGGCAACACUUAUACACGAAAAUUUAAUUCUUACAUGUAUUCGGAAGAUUGAAUACAAUACAAGAAAAUGGAUAAAUAAAAGAAGUUAAUGAUGAGAUUUGGUUUAUGAAGUUCGGGAAGGAAUUCCAAAAUAAGUAGCAUACAUUAUAAAGAACUUUUUAAAGGAAGUAGUUCUAUUUGAAGGAAUAUGCAUGUUAUGGCUGAGAUCUCAUGUUUAGGGAAUGGUCAGAGGAACAAGGAAUAAUCAAAUAAAAAAAUUAAGAAGGUUUUUUGGUUGUAAAGGUUUGGAAAAGGAAUACACCUAGGAAAUAUUGCGGUCAGAAAACUGUACAGAGCCACUUCAACUCGUAAUAUCAACGUGGGAGCAGCUGGAGACUCCAAAGAAGAAUCUAAUGAAACAAUUCAUUAAUCUCUUCAAUCUGACAAGGAAUAAUCAAAUAAAAAAAUUAAGUAAGUUUUUUGGUUGUAAAGGUUUGGAAAAGGAAUACACCUUGGAAAUAUUGAGGACAGAAAACUGGAGAGAGCCACUUCAACUCGUAAUAUCAACGUGGGAGCAGCUGGAGACUCCAAAGAAGAAUCUAAUGAAACAUUUCAUUAAUCUCUUCAAUCUGAUAAGGAAUAAUCAAAUAAAAAGAUUAAGUAAGUUUUUUGGUUGUAAAGGUUUGGAAAAGGAAUACACUUCGGAAAUAUUGAGGUCAGAAAACUGGACAGAGCCACUUCAACUCGUAAUAUCAACGUGGGAGCAGCUGGAGACUCCAAAGAAGAAUCUAAUGAAACAAUUCAUUAAUCUCUUCAAUCUGACCUCAGGCCAAUCAGACUGUUCAUUGUAUACAAGGCAGCCAUAAUCAAAGUGGGGGAAAAUGAGAGAGGAAACUGGAAGCUGGCGGGUUUCAAGGGGCAUAGAAUCAUGGAAUCUCAGGAAAUGUGAGGGUAGCAAUAAAUUUUCAUAUAAUUUGAAAAAUAUGAUUAUUCCAGAAUGGAUAUUGAUAAAAAAUUACCCCAGAACUGAAGUGUUGAAGCGAAUAGGUUGCCCAUUAAGAUAGAAUAGGGAUUAACAAGAAAUUGAAUUCAUAAGAUGCUAGAAACCAAUGAGAAUGGCUUUGUUCUUCUCAAUGUUCAACCUUAAAUCAUUGCUUGCUCUCCAUACGCUAAUACUAUCUAUAUCUUCUUGUAGCCUUCGGAUCGCCUCAAGCAUCUCUGUAGGAUGAAAGGAAAAGAGGUGUAAUUGGGAAUGAUGACUGUUUGGGAUCUGUGAUACAAGAAGGAGUGGAACCACUUUAGGACACUACUUGACAUGGAGAGGUUUUGAAGUUUGGAAAGGAUAAUUUUGUGAUUAACUGAAACAAAGACUUUUAAAAAAUCAAGGAGAACCAAGAUAGAGAUUAUCUUAUUGUCUAUUGACAAUUAAAGGUCUCAGGUAAUUUUAAACGAAGCAGAUUGUGUGGAGUACUGGGAUUGGAAACAAGACUGGAGAAGAUUGAGGAGUUCCUUUUGCUCAAGAAAGGUAUUAAGCUGGAAAUAAAAUAGUCUUUCUAAUGGUUUUGAAAGAUUCGAGAGAAUGAAGAUAGGUCUGAAGUUGGAGAGAACUGGGACAUUGGUGUAUUUGUGUAUAUAUACAUAUACGCACAUACAUACAUAAAAACAAACAUAUAUACUCCACUAAUACUGAAAUUUGAAACCAGAGUGGAGGAGAUUAAGGAGUGCCUUUUGCUGAAGAAAGUUAUCAAGCUGGAAAUAAAAGUCUUCCCAGUGAUUUUGAAAGGUUGGAGAGAAUGGAGAUAGGUCUGAAGUUGGAAACUUACAUAUAUACACACAUACACACACACAUAUAUAUAUAUAUAUAUAUA